CACAUACAUAAAAGUAAGUUCAAUAGCAGAAAACCUGAGAUGCUUGUUUUGAAAAUGGAGAUGGACACUAUAUUGGAAUGAUCUCCUCAUCGUAGAAUAAUAAGGCUCUCAAGACUGUUGAUAUAUGUAAUCAGUUGGAAAUGUUUACGUAUUAUUAAUGACAGCUUGUUUCUCUUGCUUGUAUAUCUUUAAACCUCUGUGUACGUCUUUUCUUUUCUUAGUUGUGUAUUGCUCCAGGUUUUUCCUUUAUUUCUUCUGUUCCUUUAAUCGCUAUAAAAUGCAAUAGUGGAAUAUUAAUGUACUUUAUGUUCUAAUGUGCGGAUGUUUAUGUGAAUUACACUAAUAAAAAAGUUUGUUGGUUUUCUAUGUGAAAUAAAACACACAAAAAAUGAAUGUUUUAGCUCUCAAAGUUGUUGUUGGCAGUUUGUGGAGUUAAUAACACAUUCAUGCCACAGACAGUGAAUGAUUUAUGACAUUUAUCGAUACUUUUAGCGUGAUUUGAACCUGCACCACAUGUGGGGGAAAACAUGUGUAUGUUGAUUAUAUUAAACGUGCCAAAACGAAUAUUUUUGCUCAGAAAGUUACUGUUGGCAGUUUAGGGAGAUAAUGCUAGCAAAUUCACGCCACAGUAAAUGAUUUAUAACGUUUAUUUAUCCUCUUGUGCCACACAAAAUGUUCAGUAAGCUAGCUAACGUAGCCGCCGUUAGCCACAUUAGGUUAAACAACGGCUGGACCUUUUAAAUAUAAAAACCAUCCGUGGCACAGUACCAGAGAAACAUGUACUCUUGGUUAUUGCUGCCGCUCUGUAAAAUCUGAUGUGUUCUUAUAAACACCAGAGAGCCAAAACUGUAUUUAUGAUUUACUGUACAGCAUGUGGCAUUUAAAAGCAAGUCAAACUUUCCCCAGAACCGCCAAAAUGUUCUUCAUCUGUCAGUGAUGUUCAUUCAUUUUGUCAGCGGCGAUUACAGAGACACUGGUGUCUAAAUUUUAUGAAGUGUUUCUUAAUUCUGAACAUUUUUUUCUUUCUUUGAACAGGUUCUUCAUUGAUCCGCCCGUGUGCUUAUCAACACUAUUUCUGCUCCUCAUUAAAACUCCCAAAGGCACUUUUAAGAGCCACGUCUGUCUUGUUUAUCUGUUCUUACUGCUGUCCUCAUUCUUGUCUGUUGUCCCUUUCCCCGUGUCUCUGCCUCUGUGUUGUCUUAGGUGUAUUUUUGUUUGUUGUCUUGUCAUAUACAUUGUCUUUUGUACAUCAAGUGUUUCUUUUUUUUGUGUCCAACAUGACACGCCCCAAAGUCAGGCCCUGUCCAUCUUGCCAGACUCCCAAUCAGGCAAACAGAAAAACCUGCAGUUUCUGCUUCAAAUCUCUAUCUACUAAAAAAAACUUUAAAAAUAAGGUACAAUCACUGGAUAGUCGGUGGGCUCAAGCUGUCAUAAAAAACAGAAACACUGGCCGAAUCAUCGACUCUGCAUGCAUUGCAGUGAAAAAACUUGAUGCAAUUGGAUGCAGGCCUGUCUUAUUUCUUGGCAAGCAAGUCAAAGUGUCAAAUAAGUGGGUAGCAGAUGUCAUCACCAAUUUGGAAUCCACUUCCAUUACGAGACACCUACUGGAAAAGAUGAAGACAGCUUAUGAAUUUCUCUUGACUAUGGGCUGCUCCAUAACUGUGCAACAGGACACCUCCACAAGCCAGCAAGAUGUAAUCAACAAUCAGGCAGAGACCGUCAUCGAGGAGCAAUCAGAGGUGGUCGAGGACACACAUCAUCUUGACCAGAAGACGGGGAAGCUCAUUGAAGAGGCGGCAGAAAUGCUCAGUCAGGAUCAUAUAAAAGUGCUCCCAGACAAUCCAGAAGACAAUAUAUUUGUGCUUCAUCUCACUCCAGUUUCUCCCCCUGGCAUUUCAUGCUCCCAGUCUUCUCUGAAAAAGAAAAGACAGAGGAGCACAUCUCCCAAGCCCUCUACCACCUUUCAACCAUCCGUUGCACCUACAGAUCAACCAUCUCCGCAGUCGUCUCCUGCUGACCAUGCCGUCCCCCAAUCUUUGAGCCAGGAUGGCCAAAAUGAAACUAAGAGGAGAAAGAGUUGCCGAAAAUGUAUUAGGCAGAAGGUGUUCCGGUUUGAAGCCAUCACAGAGAGGAGAACAAAUGCGGUAAGACUUAUAGCCGCUUUAACUUUGUUUUUCUACAGGCCGUUUACAUCAGGCUCAGGGCGGUACGUUAACAUUUUUAACCUAUAGCACUGGUGCUAUAAA